CAGAUAUUGACACCGAGGAACAUGGAAUUGCUCACUCUCUCCACUUCUGAUCCCUUCACAACGACUAGUGUGUGUUCUCUUGUCCUACCUUUUCUGAAGUCCACAAUCAGUUUUUUGGUCUUAAUGACAUUGAGUGCAAGGUUGUUGCUGUGACACCACUCAACCAGCUGAUUUAUCUCGCUCCUGUACGCCCUCUCAUCACCAUCUGAGAUUCUGCCAACAGUCAGCAAAUUUAUAGAUGGCAUUUGAGCUAUGCCUAGCUACACAGUCAUGGGAGUAGAGCUGUGGGCUAAGCACACACCCCUGAGGUGAUUAUAUAUUUAUGAACACUUCUAUAUAAUUCUGUAUAAUGUAUAAUUGCUGAAUGUUGUUCUUGUAGCACCAACACUCCACAGCAAUCUCUUAAUAGAUUUAAAUGUAUCUGGUGAAUAAAGUUGAUCCUUCAGCUUGUUCCCCUCUGCUGGGCUUUUUGGAGAGGCCGGGGAUCAGUGAAAAGCACUAAGGGGAAGCCGAUCAGCAAAAUUGUACAGUAGUUGCAGAGACAGCAAACUUGUCAGCUCAGCAGCCCUAAUAAUCCUUCAUCUCUGUCGCAAAUCAUUUCUGUGUUUGCUGUCUGCUGGGUUUAAUUUCCACAUCGAGGGUAUGAGAAAAUAAGACCUGCUGUGCGCUCUCCUGGUGCCAGUGUGGUGUGUUCAUCCUCUGUGCAGCUGCAAACGAGGCCCAAAACACCCUGUCCAUUGACAGCCUUGCAUUAAAGUGCUGGUUGUAUUCUUGUGGUGUGGGUUUAAAAAAAACUGCGAGGGAGGGAACAGCAAACACGGAUCUGAUUUGGACGGGCUGUCAGCUCGUGUUUGUGUUCUGGUGGUUUGUGUCUUUGCACAUUGGACUUGCUUCUCUUUUGUCUUAUUAAGUGAAAACCUCACCUCAAAAAAAUAAUGUGGAUACGAGCGGCUGGCUGAUAGUUGUGUUGUGGAGACUGCAGAGUUUGCUAAUCUUGUGUGCUGAGAGCUGAAUAGAUAGUUCACCUUGGAUUACAAAAGGAAUUUUGAUGCAUAUCACAGAUUGCGUCCUUCAGGGCUGUUUGGAGAGAAGUCUCCCUCACAAGGUUUGAAAUUGCAGAUGUCGGCAGGAGGAUUUUGCAACAAAUUUUCACCUCCCUGGGCUGGGACAAAUCCCACCUGGCAGCCUGCCCCAGGCACAAAGGCAUCGAUGCUGGUAAAAGUAGACAGUGGAACGAGUUCGGUCUCCUCACACGGCUCAGUAACCCAGCAACAGAACAUAACAUCAGCCACUGCGGAGAAGCCCCACUCGGCCAGAACCUCAAGCCAGGCCCAAGCGCAACAGGCUGCCUGCUUCCCACUCGGGGGGAAGGCCCCCACCGCCCUCGAGUCCAAGCCAUCCCUUCACCUAAAGAAGACCGAGAAUGGGGGCUUCUGUCUGGUGUUGACGAACGGCCCUCAGCACCAGACCCCCCAGAAGGCCCAAUCCGGGCAAGCGCAGCCUCUAUCUCCAAAGUGUGCCUCUGCAGCUCCCAUUUAUGAUGAGCCUCCAAUUGAGUCGCCGAUCUACGACGAGCCGCCAAUGGAGGUAGAGCCGGAGGGGGCUCCUCGCGGUAAAGCGGCAGCCCAGAAGACCGCUAGCCAGGCGUCACAAAAGGGGCCGACGAAGCUGCUUCAGAACUCUGCCUUUCAGCCACAGGGUAUCAAUAAACACACAAGGAAGCCGUCCAACACGGAAUACAGUCCAGUCGGCAGAGAAUACAUUAAACAGAUGGUAAACAUUGACCCAGCUUCAAAGCAGACCCCUUCCCCGAAUGGGACGUGCAACAGCUCUAUAACUCACUCAGGACCCUUGGUGGCCAAGGACCACAACAAGCAACAGUGGAAGAUCUUGGACGCAAACUCGUUGAAAGGCAAUGAGCUACACAGUCGCCAGAGCAGCAUGCAGUCACAGGAGUACCCAACGUCUGUGAUCAGCCACCAGGACUCGGGCUACUCGACAGGCCCUUCUCCCAGCCUGAGGCGGAGGAAGGGCAGGAGGACCGCGGCAGGCCAGGCCAGGCCCGGGUCCCUGGGCAGCAGCAGUGAGCUCAACGUCCUGAACGAGAAGCUGAUGGCAGAGAUGCGCGCAGUGGUGGGCCGGGCCGCGGAGGUCAGGGGCAGCCAGGCAAGCCUGAACGCGGACAUCGCCGAGAGUUGUAUUCUGGCAGACAUUCAUAAGAUUCGCCUGCAGUCUGAAGGCCGCCACCUCAGGCAGUACGCUAACCUCGGCUCAAAGGACAACAUUGCAGCCAGCAACAGGUCCUUGCAUAAAUUGAACUCUGAGAUAAGAGCCUCAGUUGAUAGUGAACUGUCAACGCGGCAGGAAGUUGUCCGUCAGAAAAGAACAUUUGAAAAGGUGGAUUUUUCCAGCAAUUCAUUGGAAAGAAGCAUAACCAGUCAGAUUAGUCUUUCGUUACCAAGCCCUGUUCGGAACACACCACAGGUCCAGAACGUGGGUGGCAAUCGUAAACUGAACUCAGGUGGACAGACUAUCAAUGUGGGCUAUCAUUUUCCGUACACCACCUUGCGCAAGCCCCUUCCGGAGAAGAGUAUGGAAGACUGGGCGGCCAAGCAUCUGAACAUGCACACCCGGGGCAUCUUUAGGCGCCGGCUGUCCAUUGCCAACAUGUUGUCCUGGGUUGGAGGCUCCAUCAAGAAGCCCAUGCUGGUCACCAGCGAUCGGAUCAUCAAGAAAGACGCCUGUGAGCUCUUCAAGCUUGUGCAGAUGUACAUGGGUGACAGGCAGACACGGAUGGAGAGGCUUCCAAUUGCCCUCAUGAUCGUCACCAAGUGCUGGACCAUGCAGGGCAUUCGAGAUGAACUUUACAUCCAGCUCUGCAGGCAGACCACAGACAAUCUCUGCUACCAAAGCUUAGCCUCCGGCUGGGAACUCAUGGCCAUCUGUUUGGCCUUCUUCUCUCCUUCGCCCAAGUUUCAGUCCUACCUGGAAGGGUACAUCUAUCGGCACACUGACCCUACAAAUGAUGUGAAAAUUACCCAACGUAUCAACGAACUACUGGAAAUGAAAAAUAAGAAGUUCUCAAAGUCCAGGAAAAAGAGGAAACAGAAUAUUGAGGAGGAGGAAGAUCUACUUAUCAGCACGUAUGCAAAAUAUUGUUAUCGUAAGCUUCAGAAGGUUGCUGUGACCGGAGGAAAAAAGGGCCUAAGGAAACCAACCAUUGAGGAAAUCCAUCAUGCAAAAAACGCCAUCCUCACCCCUUCCAUGUUUGGCAGCUCCCUGGAAGAGAUUAUGGAAAGACAACGCGAGCGCUAUCCGGAGAAGAAGCUGCCCUGGGUUCAAACCCAUCUGUCCAAUAAAGUUUUGGGAUUGGGUGGUGCGCAGAUUGAAGGUAUCUUCAGAGUGCCUGGAGAUAUUGAUGAAGUAAAUGCACUCAAACUACAGGUUGAUCAGUGGAGAAUCCCAGACAAUCUUGCUGACCCCCAUAUACCAGCCUCCCUGCUCAAGCUGUGGUACCGUGAGCUGGAGGAGCCCCUGAUCCCGCAGAAGUUCUACCCACAGUGUGUCAACAACUACGAGAAUCCCGAGGCUGCUGUCGCUGUUGUCGCUUCUCUGCCGGAAAUAAAUCGCCUUGUCCUUGGUUACCUCAUCCACUUUUUACAGAUCUUUGCACAGCCAAUUAACGUGAGCAAAACCAAGAUGGAUGUCAACAACUUGGCCAUGGUGAUGGCCCCAAACUGCCUGCGCUGCCAGUCCGACGACCCGCGUAUUAUUUUUGAGAACACGCGGAAGGAGAUGUCCUUCAUUCGACUGCUGAUCGUCCACCUGGACACCAGCUUCGUCAAAGCUGACCUGUGAGAAGCCGACGGGACACUGGCAGUAAAUCAGCAUGCCUGUCAAUUUUGGGCGGUCCCUUCCACGAGCGGUGCAUGUGUUUGUUUUUCCCUUCCUUGGUCCUUCCCCUCCCCCUUUAGAAUAAUUUCCCUCCGUGCCAAUGGCUGGACAAUCAUUGUAAGCACAAAUAUUGCCUCUAAUAGCGACCCAGGGCUUGCAGCACAGUCCAGUGCCUUAGUGCUGUUGACUCCUGGUUCCAGUUCCCUGAGUACAUGACGAAGGUUCGACUCCUGGAUGAGUCUGGGGAGUGGAGGACGUCUUGUCCAAGACAUUGAACACUGAGUUCAUUACCUAAAAUCCUAAAUUUGAGAACUUUCAGUCCAUGUGCAAGUUAAUUUAUUUCUCCACAGCUCAGAAUUUAAAAGGUGCCUUGUUCUUGGAGAAAACUGGACUGAGAUAUGGAUUGGAUUGGAACAAUUUCUUCAAAGCUGUAAACAACAGAAGUGUUUCAGUCUUCAGAAGGACAAGGGUGAAACACCACUGCACUUUUGAGGAGGGUUACGAGGAAGGUGGUUAGUGUACACGGGGAGACCACCCUAUUUUGACAUACAACCAGCAGACAAGAGGGGAGGCUGUGCAAAUGCGACAGGUUUGAAAGAAAGAAAAACACUGUUUUAACUGGGAUUAUGUCUUUAUUUUUAAGAAGUAAGAUAAAUAAAAGAAAUCCAAGAUCCCAGAUUAAAAUCUCAAAUUACACAUUUACUUCCACUGGAGAGAAAAGUAGAAUGACUAUUACAAAAUUAUAGGAUGUUUCAGAUACUACCUUGUGAGGGGAUGGCUGAAUGCUCCCGUUAAUCUUGAUGGAGGAUGAUAAGUUUCCUCGAUUUUAAACCCCUUUGCAAGAUCUUAAUCUGGGUUUCAUGAUGGUACACGAUAGGUAGUGUGUGUGUAUGUGUCUGAGUGCGUGUGAGCAUACAUUCUUUUUUAUUCUAUUGAUUUGGCCUUGUUUUUUGUCUGAUUCAACCCCAACAGGGAUUCCCCUAUUUAAAAAGUUUGUUUGAUUAUAUUGUCAGACCGUUAUCAGGUCCUGGUUUUCAUCCAGAGCACGAGUCCCUUCCCAAUUGACUCUGAAGUUGACUGAAAAGUGGUCCUUAAAUUAGCAAUACUAUUUCAUUUUCCACAAUUCACGCUGGCUGUUUAAUAUUCUGGAUUAAAUCCUUAUCUUCAAAGCACUGGCUGAUAAUUUCAGUUCAUGUUUUUCCUCAUCCUUCUUUCAGAAAGCAGAUGAACUACGUUGCCUUAUUGUGAGCAGAUGUAUUGCUUUAACCUUUCCUUAAUAAUGGGUCUCAAAACCCACAGGAGACUUCACCCUGUAUGAUUGCAGAUCCUGUGUCAAGAAUUUUAAGGAAAUAAAAACACGCUAGGGGUUUGCAAAAUAUUCUCUGAAAAUUGUGAGUCCCUAUCGGUGACAUUCAAAUUGUAUUAGUAGUUACGGCAAAAAAAAGGUAUUGGCCCAGUAAACAUGGACAUUUGAUCUCAGAGGUGAGAGUAUCAAUCUUUACGUUCUUGAAGUUUAAUUUUUGUUAUUUCAUACUGAAUUAAUUUAUAUUUUGUAAAAAACAUAUAUCUUCAUUUAGAAUUGGUGCUCAUAAUUUGUUCAAGAAUGAGCAAAAAUUGCUUGUCAAGGAUCUUGAAAGGGACUUUCUUUAUAAUAGUUAUCACUACUUUUGGCAUUGUGACUUUAAAGAGGUAUGAAAGAAAGCUUUCUCCCCUCAUUCUCUCCAUUUCUGGGUUAGGGGAGUUAGGAGGGGGGUAGUUAUAUGCAAAUAAACCACACACACCUGCGCUGCAGCUGAGUCAAGUCUUGAGAAAAGGCAUGUUUUUUUUUCAUGGGAGUUAUGACCACUUUUAGAGUUUGUGUUCUUUCUCCCCACUUCCUCCAUUACAGCUGCUGAACUAAUUUAUUUUGUACCAUUGUUGCCCCUGUGAGGUUGUUAAUGUGAGGGAAGCUUUGGGUCAAGCAGCACCACUGAUAUCAACGUGAAGGUUUGGGGGUGGGGGGGGGGGAGGUCAGGAUAAAGGCUGGAGGCUUCCUCUGUUGGCCCUCACUGUUUUCUUCCUAUUUACACGGUUUGGCAGUGCUUUGAAAGUAACGUGCAAACCUCUUCAGAGAAUGCAACUGUUGAACUGAGUUGCUGAUUGGUGUGAGAUUAAACACAGCAUUUCAUUUAAAACAAAUCUGUUGUGAGAGUUUCUGAUUACCCUCCCUUAUAAACGAGGAAAAGGGAUCUCUUUCUGCUCCUUGUUAACUGCUUGUACAGAGUGACUUUAAUUUAGUUAUCUUUGCUGUGGCUUGGCCUUUUGGCAGCUGAUUAAAUUUUAUCGUUAGGAAGUGGUUUCUUGCGGGAUUGCCUGCACCCAAUGUCUAAACCACAUCCCGAUGAAUUCCCCUUCCCUCUACUCGUGCUGCAAGGUGCAGAGCAUUAACAUGGCCGCAAUUCUGUUCUGAUUCCAAGGCAGCACUCUCUAAAUUAGAACAUUAAAACUCUUCAAAAUACGUUCACGUGUGAGAUUAAAUCAAUGACAACUGACAUUGUGAACUGUCCACAGAAAAAGGGAAACUCCUUCAGGGAAUGCAGUAAGCUAGAUAAUGUUGAAACGCCAACUAUCACAACUUCCACUACUUUUUCUCCUUCAAGUUUUUAUAAUUAGUGGGCAGCUGCUGUAAGCCAUGCCUAGAGGGACAUAAUUGAUCAAUUUUGGUUCAAUUAAGAAUAAAGUUGCAUUGCUUUUACUGAAUUCACAAAUCAUCCAUGUUGAAAAUAUUUAGAAGUUAGACGGAAUGUUUCCCUGUACACCGCAAACUUUCUCUUUCCUCUUUGGAGCUGCUGUCUAAAGGAGAUGAAAGGAAUGUGAGAUGGCGUUUGUACUUUGGGUGCCUCGAGUUGGAAUCAGGGACUUCCCUGGAAGCAUAUUCAGUGACUUGACUGCAGGGGGUGGGGGGUGUGAUACUUCAUUCUGUUGCCUUCGGUUGCUAGGUUGGGUUAUUCAGUGUGGGGCUCUUGGUUCCUGUUCAGAUUCCCUGGAGCGAUCAGCUCCUGCCGGAGGGUAGGUUCCGCAGCAGCUUUGAGGAAGUGGUGAGAGGGGGCAGUUCCCAUUCUAAAAAUGGAUCCUCCAACCAUUACCUCACUACCUGGCUUUCCUGAUGUGUAUGACUCCUCUCUCUCCCUGAUCAUUGUUUUUACACAGGCGACAUGAGUUUCCAUCCCCACCCCCAUUUUGCUUUGCCUAAGACCCUGAGCUCAAUGUAAAUGAAGCCCAAGGAACAGGGACAACUUGGGGCUGAUCAUUUCUUAUAUAUUAUACUGAAGAAAAGAUGGGUUUGAUUUCUGGGCUUGAUCCUCAGUCAGUAGACUAGCCUGAUGAAACACCAAGUCUUUAAUCUGGACAGACCCUCUCUGCCUUUCUCCACCCACCAUUGAAUCUGCAAAGUCUUCUAACUCUUUCCUGCCCAUACCCCAUUUUCCCUCCUGGAUUCUCACUGUGUUCAAAAUCCUCAGCUUAGCAGCAGUCCAGCCAGUGAUGGCAACUGGUCCCAAGGAGUCCCUGUCUGUAAAAAUGUAAAAGAGAAUCAAAACCAAGUAGAUAUUUUUUCCCACACUGCAGCUUGCUUUGUAUAUUUUCCACUGAUAUUUAUAUUUCAAAUGCAUUACUGUCCAAAAUGUACUUUACAACAUCCCACAUCACAGUGAUCCUUCUAAUCCUUUGUAAAACCUCAUGGCUAGUUUUAUCAGAAAGAAGGUAUUUUCUUCUCCUCCUGUGCAACCUCUAACUUUAUCCAGUUACAGUUUGCCUUCCCCUUCCUUCCGGAAGAAUGCUGCCCUUUUCGGGGUCAGCCUGUGACUGAGGCUGCUGUUUCUCCAGUUCUCCUGCUGUUCAAGCUGCAGGUCUAACCUCUCUGCGCCCUGGAUGCCCCGUGUCCUGAGAAAACUUCCUCAGAUUUGUUCUCCAUACUCGGUGAAAAGGUGGUCCCAAGUUUACCUCGUAUUAUGGGCUACAAUAGCUUCUCUAAGCCGACAGCCGCGUAACUCUAUAGCAACGACAAGCAGGAGUUGUAGCUCCCUUGGGCUCAUGAGAGCAGCAAAGCAACUUUCCCACCCGUGCAUCCUCUGCACCGGUCCCUGGAACAGUUACACACACACACAGGCAUGAAGUUUGUUUCAGGUUGGAUGUGAUACAGUACCCAAAAGCCUUGAAGGCUGCCAAGCUCCUCGUCCAAUCUAGGCCAAUCGAAAAGUUGCUUAAGAAGUUAACGUCCUCAAAGAAACAAUAGCCCUGUAGCAGGGGAAGGGAAAAGGUCUCAACCUAACUUAUGUCCUUUGAAAAGGCCCAUUUAUGGGAACUAAACAGAGUUUAUUAACCAGCCGGUGUAGUAGUGCCUUGCGGGGGUGGGGAAGGUUCUUAUUUGCUCUUAUAGUUAAGUUAUUUUUUUCCUGUCCUCGUUGGUUGCCACUUGCAUAGUUAGAAUUAUGACUGAAUAAUCUGUUUGUGAUGCAAAGUUACCAUUGAUGAUACAUUAACAGGAAUUUGUAUCAAUGUUUUGGGCCCACGAGCACCAUGCAGCACAAUUUAAGCUGUUUUUUUUUGUAAAUAGAUUUUUGUUGGCAUCUGAGCAUAUUGAUAAAUACUAAGGAAUACUUAGUGAUGGGAACAUCUGCAAAAAUGGAAACCAGGUGCAGAGAUGCCAGCAACUUCACAAAGUUAAACCUCAGAAUAUCAAGGUAACAGGAAAGCAGAUGCAACAUCCUGGUUUUUCCUCAUUUUCCCUUCCAGGAAUUUACUAAAGUGACAUUUAUACAGGUUGAAGAGACGUUAAAAAGCUGUAAACUCAAAAUAAUUGGGAAAGGGACUUGCCACAGUGUGUUGAAUGGAAUAAACCUUAAUGAAAGCAAAACCAAAUAUAUAACCACUUUUGAUUGUGCUGUUUUUUUGUACAUGGUUUCUGAACCAUUUUAAAUAAGCAUUAGCAUUACCGUGCAAAACGUGUUGUAAACUUUCCUGUAAGCGUUGCUGUUUGUUCUAUUUUUAAUGGUUUUGUUGCACUUAGCCUCUCCCUUUAUACUGUGAUAUGUUAAAGCUUUUUGGACAGGUUGUAUAAAAGCAGAAUAUUUUUUUGUGUACACUGGAUGUUUCUUUGCCAAGAGAACUGUAAAUAAAAGUUGCAAGAUUCU